AUGAACCAAAGCGGAAUGGAACGCCGCGUCUACAGCCAUCGCGAGAUGGUGGCCGCCCUCGGUCUGGUCCUCCUCAAACAGGGAGGCCACCGCGAGCCAACGCCGCCGGCCACCCCCGGCCCCAACCUGCCCGCCAGGCCCGCGCCUGCUACCGCUGCAGCGGUGCGCCGCCUUCCGGCCCCUGGCCAGGGAAGCCUCCCUCCGAGGCCCCGCACACCGGAGGGCGGGUGGUGCCCUGCCAGCCCGGUCAACAACCACCGCCAGCAGACUGCCCACCGCCAGCAGACUGCCCACCGCCAGCAGACUGGCCACCACCAUCACCACCACCACUCACACCACCACCACCAUCGCCCUCACGACCAUCAGCAGCAACAGCUGCAGCUGCAGUACCAGCAGCAGCAGAACCAUCCUGCUCCGGGCCCGGUGGUGCCCUACCAGCAUACCACCACCACCACAACCACUACCACUGCGGUUCUCCCCCCUCCCCCUUUCCCCAACUUCCCUUCUCCCCAUAUGUGGCAGCAUCCACAGCAACUGCAACCUCCACUCGACGAGGAGAAUAUCGUCCCGCCGCCGCCGCGGCGCGCUGGUAACAGCCGUCGCUGGUGA